CUCAUUCCCCCCACCACAUACCGCCUCUUCUCACCCCUCACCCACCUCUCCUUCUCUUUCUCUCUCUUUCUCCCCUCCUCAUUCGCAUUCACAUUCGCCUCCCACUCCUCAUUCAUUCCUCAUUUUGCAUUCCCAGUCCACGCUCACCAGUGAUCGCCCCCCGAGUAUGCAGUACCAUUCCCAGGCCAGUGUGCGAAAGCGUCUCGACUACUACUACCGUGCCGUCAAUGCCGUUAUCCUGAAUCGCCAGAACCCCACCACGGGUCUGAUCCCUGCUUCAGUGGCCGUCACCACCCAUGGAGACUACCGUGAUGCCUGGGUCCGUGAUAAUGUGUACUCGAUUAUGGCUGUCUUUGGGCUGUCUCUAGCCUAUCGCCGAAUUGACGAUGAUGAGGGUCGCGCUUAUGAACUCGAACACGCUGUCGUCAAGUUGAUGCGUGGCCUGCUCUUCUGCAUGAUGCGACAGGCGCCCAAGAUCGAGCAGUUCAAGAAGACCCAGGGGUUGAAUGACUGUCUGCAUGCAAAAUACAACACCGCGACCGGUGACACGGUCGUCGGUGAUUCCGAGUGGGGUCAUCUGCAGAUCGAUGCCACGUCGAUCUUCUUGCUGGCACUGGCACAGAUGACAGCCUCGGGGAUACUGAUCAUCUAUACCACCGACGAGGUUGACUUUAUUCAGAACCUGGUCUUCUACAUCGAGCGCGCGUAUCGUACCCCCGAUUAUGGUAUCUGGGAGCGUGGCAACAAGAUCAAUCACGGCGAACCGGAGCUGAACUCAUCCUCCAUCGGUAUGGCUGUUGCUGCGCUGCAGGCCAUUAAUGGCAUCAAUCUCUUUGGAUCGCGCGGUGGCCCUAGCUCUGUCAUUCACGUCCUACCUGAUGAGAUCACUCGCAAUUAUACAACCUUGCAUUCGGCCCUGCCCAGAGAAUCCAACUCGAAAGAGAUUGAUGCCGCAUUGCUGUCCGUCAUUGGGUUCCCUGCAUUCGCCAUUGGCGAUGCCAAGCUGGUGAAGCGCACACGGGACGAGAUUAUCGAAAAACUUGGCGGCAAAUACGGUUGCAAACGCUUCCUGCGCGACGGACAUCAGACUGUCCUCGAGAACACUACUCGCCUUCACUAUGACGCGCAGGAGCUCAAGGUCUUUGAGGGUAUCGAGUGCGAGUGGCCACUUUUCUUCACAUAUUUCAUUCUCGAUGGUCUCUUCAGCGAGAACGAGGAGCAGGUCGAGGAGUACCGCGCCAAACUGGAGCCCUUGAUCAUCGAUUCUGCCACGCUGCUCGACUUUGGCCAAUUCAUCUCUGACUCCAUCUCCGAGAGUGAUGGCGGUCGCACCCCCAAGACCCCUACGUCUCCUGGAUUUGCCACACCAGCGAGCAAUAAUGAGGGCAAGCUGCCUGAACAUAUUCCGCUCAUUCCAGAGCUGUACUACGUGCCAAGCCAUCUAGUCGAUGCCGAAAAGCAGAAUAACCACUCACAAGCGCGUAUCGCCAACGACAACCUUCCUCUUGUCUGGGCGAACUCGCUUCACACCCUCGGAAAUCUAAUUUAUGAGAAUCUGCUUAGCGUUGCCGAGAUCGAUCCCCUCGGAAGGCGCUUCAACGCUCGCAAGACUCAGUCGAGCGAUACGGUUGUUCAGAUCGUGCUGCUAGCAGAGGACACUAACUUACAGAGUAUGCUGAGCAUGUACGGACUGGAGACGCAGACCAUGGAGCAGGUCCACCCUAUCACUGUCAGCCAUCCACAGGGUCUGAAGGAGGUGUACGCAGCCUUGGGUAGGAAUGCCAAGUUAGGACUAUCAGGACGGCCUAAACGACCUGUUGGAUCUCUCGGAACAUCGCGCUUGUAUCGUGUGCAGGGCCACCUAUACGCGUUCACACCCCACUUUAUGGACAAUGAGGAGUUUUAUCUGACCAGCGACAACGACUACCUGAUCUCGAUCUUUGAGCAGGAACUGGCGUUCGUUCGUCAGUACUGGGAAUACCCUGGGAGGCCCACCAUGGUCGUCCUUUUGACCCAUGCCAUGCUGGGUGGAUUGACAAAGUCACGGACGUUCACUUCACAGACGGAUGUCGAUUCCCAACGCCUGACUACCUGGAGAAAGUCCACCCUUGGAUCCAAUCCUCACAAGGACAACAAGCGCAACCUCCUCAACUUUUUUAUGACCCUGCGUAGUGGUGUCUGCAAUAACGUUCGUGUCCGUCUGGGAAGACUGAGCGAGAUGAUCAACACGUCGUGCAUCGAGUCGCUUGACUUCUUGGUCACUAAGAAGGAUAUCGACUGGCUGGGCAUCUUGCGUGGCGCUGCAGAUCGUCGCAAGGGUCGUACUGCCAGGAAGCUGGGUCUCAACGAGAAACAGACCCAAGCAACCACGCCGGGUGCGACUGGGAGCAGGACUCCUGGAAAUCAUCGCUGGUCCAUGCGCAGACAUUCUUCCUCUGCUGGCCUGCCGUUCGCUUCACUGGUCACCCCUGCAGUCAAUACAGAACUCGAAGGAGACAGCUAUUUCGGAUCUCAGGGUCGUAGUUCUACGGAUGGUGUUUCUCCGUCUCCUCACGCAGCCGCUGGUGAACCAUCAGAGCCCUACACCCAGAAGCGAUACAGGAAGGGUCAAGCCAAGGCAUUCAAACUCAAGGAUCACGAGGAACCACGAGUCAUUCGCAAGGGAAGCAGCACCGGACUCAAUGCUGGAAUCCUCACUCCUGACCUCGUCAACCUCGAAAUCUCAGAGGCCCCCACCGGCGAGAACACGUCGGAUAGCGCAGCUUUUGCUGCUGGCGAAGACGAAGAUUCGGAUGAGGGUUCGCCAGAUGGAAACAUGGACAGCUUGGGCUUAACCCUCGGUGAUCCAUCCAACAUGGAGGCGGCCCAAAACAUGCUUUCAAUCUCUGUCAAUCUUUAUGACCAAGUUGAUUUGCUACAGUACUUACUUUCUUGUCAAGGACCGGAUUAUUUUGUCAACAAUCUGGAUGCCACCGUUCAAACACUUUUGGAGGAGGUCUACUUUAAGUCGCUCCAGCUCAAGCUGUGGUCGAUCGUUCGCCAAGCUGCUGGCCUAUUGAACAAGGUCGUCAAUUCGCUUACAAUCAACAUCACGGAUCUGGUCAUUCGUCAGAAGCAAGUGACUAUUGGAUCGGGUCCCACGGAGCACUUUAUCACCAGUCCUCUGGGUCCUGAUGUCUUGAGUAGGAUGAUCUAUGACGGUAACUUUGACGAUGUCCGCGAAGGACCUGUGGUACAGGAGGUCUUGAUCUAUCUGGGAUCGUUCAUCAGAGCUGACCCGGAGAUGUUUGAGGGUAUCAUGCGGCUUCGGACACAUUUCCUGAUCAUUGCUCUUCGCGAGGAGAUCUCACGUCUUAACAGCUGCGAUGAGACUGAGGCCGUCGAGCACCUGAUGCAACUUUCUCCCUUUGAAGUCAAGUCACUGCUGGGAACCGUCCUGUCGGGACCCACGCUGAGCUCCAACGCCACCAACACGCUCCUCCGUAACCAGUCCGUCAGCGCCGCCAGCCCAGCAGCUGAAGCCGGGGACAGCAACUUGUCGACAAACAUCGCAUCAUCCACUUCAUCUGUGCCCCUGGGUGCAGUGCCAAUCCCCAACAUGGGCAAGAGCUUGACAACGUUGUCGAUCAAGGUCCAGUCCGGUGGUUAUCACUCUGGCAGCUUCUCCAAGAUCCUGAUCAACGAAAGUACCAUGUCUGUGUCCUCGCGCGGCAUCAACAUGGUGGUCAUUGAUCCCCUACAGAGCGUCCUUAUCGAGUCGGUCUCGUUCGAUACCCACAUCUCUGAGGAUGAGAGCGACGACCUUGCGCGACUUGUAGACUGGCUGCAGCCAGGUAUGAUUGUCAUCUGUAGUUGCAAGGAUGACUGCUACGAGCAUCUGACUAGUGCCGCCCGUUUGGCGCUGAAGCAGCUGGGCAGUGGACUCACAGCCAGCCUACGGUACCGCGACUCUUGGUGUAUGAUUGGAGAAAAGGGUACCGAACCCGGCACUGCGUUGGAGGCACACAAGGCCUUUAUGGACGGACCGACCGCAGUUCUGGAAAAGACCAUCGAUUUGAAUCAGUACAAGGCCAAGGCCGAUGUCCAGGAAUCCUUCCCAUCGCGGUCGGCCAUCGCUGCCUUUGUCCCCAAUUCUUCUGGUCGCUGGCUACGUCGCCGCAAGAACGACGGCGCCUUGAACCGUGUCCCGGACAAGUUCUACCCGCGGGUCUGGCGCAUCCUAUCGCGUUCUGCAGGCUUCAGGGUCGGCUCGCACGUUCUGCCGCGUGAUCCUAUCAUCUCAGAAAAGACGCCGGAAGAGUUCAACUUUGCAUUGGCGGUAGAGAACUUUUUAGGCGUGAUCCUGGACCCUGCAGAGCGUCAGAUUGCAGUCGAGACACUGAUGGUGAUUGCCAAGAUCGAGGAUCGCAACCCUGGUAUGGAGGUACUACCUGAGGUGAUUGAUCUGCCGAUGAUCAUGCGCGAGGCUAUGAGCAAGUUCUGGAACAAGUGGGUUGUGAAUGGACCAGGUGGACGUGGACAGAGCGUCCCUGGAGGCGCGCCUGGGUCAAACAUCGCGGGGGGUGCAUCACUGGGCAAACCCGGUCUGGAGCAAGUUGAGUUCGAGCACCACGAGGGUCUUGCGCGAGGCAUGUUCUACGAUCUGCCACAGGAGGGCAAGGAAGGCACGUUUGCAUACCUUGCACGGGCGGCAUUGAAGCUGCUUCCAUAUUCUAUUGACCUGGAAUAGUUUAGCAAUUACAUAUCUGUACACCUAUUCCAUAUCUUUUUUGAUACAAACAUAAAACCAUGUAGAAAAGCCA